UUUGAUGAUUUUCAAUACAAUUGCAUUCCAAGAUGCUGCAUAUCAUUGGGCCCGUGAUCAUCGUGUACAUCACAAGUAUUCGGAAACCGAUGCCGAUCCACAUAAUGCCACUCGCGGCUUUUUCUUUUCGCACAUUGGCUGGUUGUUGUGCAAGAAACAUCCCGAAGUUAAGGCCAAGGGCAAGGGUGUCGAUCUAUCCGAUUUGAGAGCUGAUCCCAUUCUUAUGUUCCAAAAGAAAUACUACAUGAUCUUGAUGCCUCUUCUCUGCUUCAUUUUGCCAACAAUGGUACCCAUGUACCUCUGGAAUGAAAGCUUUGUCAAUUCCUGGUUUGUUGCCACCAUGUUCCGUUGGUGUUUUAUUCUCAACAUUACCUGGUUGGUGAACAGUGCUGCUCAUAAAUUCGGUGGCAAACCCUAUGAUAAAUACAUCAACCCCGCUGAAAACAAAUCUGUUGCCAUUUUGGCUUUCGGUGAAGGCUGGCAUAACUAUCAUCAUGUCUUCCCCUGGGAUUACAAGACCGCUGAAUUUGGCAACUAUUCCAUGAACAUGACCACUGGCUUCAUUGAUUUCUUUGCCAAAAUUGGCUGGGCCUAUGAUUUGAAAACUGUAUCCGCCGAUAUCAUUAAGAAGCGUGUCAAGCGCACCGGUGAUGGUUCUCAUGCCACCUGGGGCUGGGGUGAUAAGGAUCAACCUAAGGAUGAAAUUGAUAAUGCCAUUAUUAUCAAUAAGAAAGAUGAAUAGAUUGUUAGA